CCAUUUGUUGUCAGUAGUUGCCAAUUUUGUGGAGAGAGAUGAGGAGUGAUGAAAAUGGUGCUUCAUCAGAGCAGCUUGGGCAAGCUCUUGAUCAAAUCGUUAGAAGGUAUAAGUCGAUUCUGAGAAAAAAUUCCUCUUUGAUUUGGGUGUUUCUUGCUGAUUUACUUCUGCUUACUUCAUUUCUUCUUUUUUUGUGAAGUUGAUUUAUGAAUUCAGAACUUACAUGAGCUUGUGUUUUUAUCUGUAUAUAGCCGUUGACUUACCUUUUGCUUUGCUCCGAAUCUUCAAUUUAUGGAUUCUUGAUCUUAAUUUAGUAGUACCAUUGUGUGUGUGUUUCUUUUCUUGCUUUGUUUUUGAAUUGUAGCAUUUGGGCUCAGCUUAUUAAAGGUUAAUUGUUGUUAUCAUCACUUUUAGAAUUUAGACUAAAUUCCCUUUUGCUUUUUAGUUUCCCCUUCUGUUAUGUUUAGAUAUUAUUCCAACUUUCUGAUUCAUCAUACUUUUGAGGAUCUAAAAGAACCUCAUGUGGAUUCUGAUGCUGCCCAAUUUUGGUAAAUAGAAAGCUGGAAGUUGCCAUAAUUGGGAAUCUUUCAUCUCUUCAUUCUUGAUCAUAUUGUUACUUUUUUUUUUUUUUUUGCUCGGCUACUCCCUUUAUGAUAGGAUAAUGGAGAAACAGAUUAAACCUAUGGUGUUACCAAUGGUUAGACAACAAGUAAGGUCAAUGGUCGUCACUAUCGUUCAACAAGAGGUAGUACCUGUUGUUGAGGAUCUAAUUCGUAAAGUGGUGAGUUUCGCAUCUUCUUUUCCGUGUCUGUUUAGUGCUAUGUUUCCAUUUUGUAAGAGGAUGUCUGAACAUCAUGAAUUGGUUAUUAUGUUAUAAAAAGAUAUCACUUCACGAGAGUCGGCUUAACUUAACCCUUAGCCUAGCUUGAGUUACGUCUCAAACUUCGCCCAAUGUCUUUUUUGCAUUAGAUAGCUAAAGUUGAGAUUCAUGAAUCAGAGCCUAUUGUACUUCAAGAUAAAAGAGGCUCUUCAAGAGCAUGUUGAAGAGAGGCCUUCGAAUGGAGGGACACGGAAUGACUUGCCAGAGGAAAGGAGUUUACAGCUGAAGUUCGUAUAUGAUACAGUAUCCAAUACUGUGACAGGCGAGGAGCUUAAAGGGAUAAAUGACAAAUGGCUGAAGUUGGUUCUGGUUGAUUCAGGCGGGAAUACCGUGACCUGUGGCUGCGGAUCUGAUGCAAAGGUGGAGAUACUACUUCUUGACGUAAAUGAAAAUGGCGGUGAAGAUAACAUGAGUCUUGAAAAUUUCGAUAGACGCAUCAUUCAAACGGGAGAAAAGAAGAAGCCUCACUUUGCUAAAAGUGUCCAUAUAUCUCUCAAGGAAGGCGUUGCAGAUUUGAAUGGUCUCAAACUGGGACAUGACAAAGACCGGAUCAAGAAGUAUAGCUGCAGGCUUGGGGCGAGGAUCGCGCAGAACCUUGACAGAACUACAGUGCUUGAGGCGUGGACCGCACCAUUUACGGUCAUAGAUAAGCAUGACAAAUACAAUGACAAACAUCCUUGUCCAUCUCUUUCUUCUGAGGUCUGGAGAUUGGAUGGAAUCGGCAGGAAUGGCAACCCAUGUGGUCGCCUGAAAAAGGAAAGCAUCAAGACUGUGCAGGAUUUUUUGUUUUGGUUCCAUGUCAAUCCUGAGAAGCUCCAAGAAAAAAUAUUAUGUGUUGGUGAUUGCAAAUGGAAGACAAUAGUCAGUCAUGCUCAGAAAUGCAACAUUGAUUGUAAAAGGAUGUUUUCUCACAAAUCUUCAACUGAACCUCAAACCUGUGUUAUUUAUGAUGCUGUGGGAAAACUCAAGGGUGGUAUUAUCGAGUCCCACUUUGUUCCAAUUGAUGAUAUGCCUUCUGAUGAAAAGGAUCGUGCACGUGAGUUACUCAGAUAUGUGUUAGAGGAACCGUCUGCAUUUGUAGAACGAUACGACGACUUCUUGGAAGAUGAAGGGUCCCUUUUAAAGAAGUUUCCAUACAGAUCAUUGCAGCACAGUGUUCUCACCGUUUCUGAAGAUAUGAAUGAAAAUCAUACUUCAUCGUCUCAGAGCAUCAUCGCUGCUAAUAACUCGUAUGCUUGUGGGCCUUCCGGCUCUCUUGGAUCAAUAGAAAUGGGAGAGCUAUCCAACUCUCGCGCCUUUUCUACUGAUCUUCAUACAUUAGAUUACGAGACUCCAUUAUGUUUCGAGAACAAUUCUUCACCAAUAAAUACGCUGCUCUCCGGAAACGACAAGCACACGGCCGAGAUGGGUGGAGGGUCGAGCAGUGGACGCUCAAAUGCCUCGUUUCAAAGUGCAAGGGGGCAGUGGGUUGACGAGGAGGAGCCCUACUAUCCUGCCCCUCUCAGCCCAGAACCCAUGCUUCCCGACGUCAACAGUCACAACGUUACUGGCGGCCAGUGGUUUGAAGAUGAGCCCAAUGGUCCUGGCUCUCUCAGCCCAGACCCCAUGCAGCUUUACGACGAGCACGUUGACAUCCACAGCGCCCAUGUCCAUGGAGACGAGACGUGUGGUGCUGAUCGUCCCAAGACGUUGAAGAAAUUGUCGAGGCUAUUGUCCUCGUUUAGCAGAUUGGUGUCUGGAGAUGCUGGUCCUAGCUGCAAGAAGGGGAGAGUUGAUUAACCAUGUAGAUAGAAGCAACUCCCACUUUCAUGCUCACAGACUUAAAAUUCAUAUUUUUUUAUUUGCAUUCGUGUUGCCAUUUGAGUAUAUGUGGUCUCAUUCAAAACUAGUCUGUGUACCUGCUUUGGCAAUCAAUGGAAAUGUUCUCUGUUUUGUGGAUA